AUGCAUUCAUCUGCAACACUCGUUUCUUGCAAAUUCAACAUGAAGAAAUUCACUCUUUGCUUCCGCUCAGUUUUCAUGCUCACCACCCUUGUGACACAAGCUAUCGGUCUCUCCAUCAACCCAAGGGAUGCUCCAACCACGGGCGGACAACAGCUUGCCGUGGCAUCGUAUAUCUGGCCUGAGGAUGAAGCCUGGGGUCGGCUGAACAAGAUUCCCAAUGCGAAGGGAACAGUCCUCGUGGCGAACGUGGAUAACGGGCCAACCUCAACCGUCAACACAAUGUGGAAGACGACCAUUGCCAACGCAGCAGCCAGUAACAAGCGCGUUCUCGGCUACGUGCGCACAGGAUACCUCUCUUUGAGCUCACAAGUAUACACGACGCGAAACGGUUCGACAGACCUGGCUGAUUGGCUCGUGCAAAUUGAGAGCGACGUCGACGCCUGGUAUAGCCUCUACGGCUCUACCAUAGGCGGCAUCUUCUUCGAUGAGGGCUGGAACCAAUGCGGGACUGGCAAUGUCUACUCCCAAGUUUACCAGUAUUUGAGCAUGAACGUGAAGCGGAAGCAUCCCGGCGCAUUUACAGUGCUCAACCCUGGUGGCAUCCAGCCCCAGUGCUUCCAAAACAGCGCUGAUACCCUACUCACCUUCGAGGGCAGCUACGAGACUUACACAAACAACUACAUCCCCAACGCCUGGACGGCCACGGACUCGCGCAAGCUCUGGCACAUUAUUUACAAUGUGCCGGCGGCCAAGGUGGCCAGUGUCGCCGCCCUGGCGAAGCAGCGCGGCGCGGGUCUGGUUGAAAUCACAAACGAUGUGCUGCCCAACCCGUAUGAUAACCUGCCUGUCGACUCGUACAUACAGACCUUGUUGAGCUCUAUCUCUGGCGGCACGCUGAGCAUCGCCUAGUUGGAUGCAUUGGUUAGAUACAGAAAAGUCAAUACUGUUAGUUAGCAAGACGUCUACUAGUCUGUCUAAGUAAUAGAAUAUAACAAGA